AUGGUAAAUAUUCCUGAUGUCACCCAGCAAAUGAAAGUGGUAAAUAUUCCUGAUGUCACCCAGCAAAUGAAAGUGGUAAAUAUUCCUGAUGUCACCCAGCAAAUGAAAGUGGUAAAUAUUCCUGAUGUCACCCAGCAAAUGAAAGUGGUAAAUAUUCCUGAUGUCACCCAGCAAAUGAAAGUGGUAAAUAUUCCUGAUGUCACCCAGCAAAUGAAAGUGGUAAAUAUUCCUGAUGUCACCCAGCAAAUGAAAAUGCAAAUGAAAGUGGCAAAUAUUCCUUAUGUCACCCAGCAAAUGAAAGUGGUAAAUAUUCCUGACGUCACCCAGCAAAUGAAAGUGGUAAAUAUUCCUGAUGUCACCCGGCCAAUGAAAGUGGCAAAUGUUCCUUAUGUCACCCAGCAAAUGAAAGUGGUAAAUAUUCCUUAUGUCACACCGCAAAUGAAAGUGGUAAAUAUUCCUGAUGUCACCCAGCAAAUGAAAGUGGUAAAUAUUCCUGAUGAUCCACCCGCAAAUGAAAGUGGUAUUAUCCUGAAAGUCCCACCCAGCAAAUGA